GCGCCCCCGCUCCCUCCUUUUUGCUCCCUUGCUAGCUUUCGUCCUACAUCCAUCUUCUUUCAUCCUCUUAUCCACAUAAUUACGCAGCACUCGCUCAAUCAGCGACAUCGUUAAUAGACACGCAUAGCGUACCCUAGAAAAUUUAGCCCUCCGAAUCAAAGGAUUGACCACUCAAAAGUAGCCGCCAAAUAUCAUCCUCUUAUCUCUCGCCACCAACGUGCAACAUGUCCGGUCUCGCCCUUCCCAAAGCGUCCAAUGCGGGCCCGUCCAGCUCAAGUAGCAAGCCAGAAGGAAUUCAAACACUUGAUGGAGAAGGAUCUCUCGCCACAAGACCACCGCAAAAGGCUAUUGCUAGUGUUCCGGAGAUUACAGCGGUGGAUGGUCUAGUGCCAACCUUACAAAACAUUGUCGCCACCGUCAACCUCGACUGUCGUUUAGACUUGAAGACUAUUGCCCUCCACGCUCGAAAUGCGGAAUACAACCCAAGACGUUUCGCUGCCGUUGUCAUGCGUAUUCGUGACCCAAGAACAACGGCCUUGAUUUUCGCUUCUGGAAAGAUGGUCGUCACUGGUGCCAAGUCUGAAGACGACUCUCGGUUAGCAUCUCGUAAAUACGCCCGAAUAAUCCAAAAGCUUGGUUUUGAGGCCAAGUUCGCCGAGUUCAAGAUUCAGAACAUGGUCGGCAGUUGCGAUGUCAAGUUCCCUAUCAGAUUAGAAGGUCUGGCAUUCAGCCACGGUGCAUUCAGCAGUUACGAACCGGAGCUGUUCCCUGGUUUGAUUUAUCGUAUGCUCAAACCCAAAGUCGUCAUCCUCAUCUUCGUGUCCGGCAAAAUUGUCCUCACCGGUGCAAAAGUCAGAGAAGAAAUUUACAUGGCGUUCAACCAGAUCUACUCUGUGUUGCUCGAAUUCCGAAAGACGACAUAAAGUCUCGGCUGACAGGCUUCUCUUUCAUUACCAUCCUCUGCACCGCGACCUGUACUGCCCCUACAUCGUUGAGCAUAACAUUUGGGUUUCAAGUUAAUCUCUUCUUUUUUGGGCGCCGCGCCCACCCCGGUCAUCCCGAUAUUGUCUAUCACAUUAGUCAUAUAACGUACUUCACGAAAAAAAAGCAAUUAUCCAUACUGGUGACAACCACAUUGACAGUCCCCUCAGACUAUACACAGUUUUAUCG